AGUUUAAAACCCCAAAUCAAAGUGGAGGGUUUUGUUCUUCAAUGGAAAGCCAGAAGCAGAACAGUAAAAAGCGGAAACAAGUUUUCCCAUACGGCAACUACAAGAGCUACUAUGGCUAUCGAAUUGGUCAAGGCGUGGAUGAGGACCCUCGAUUGAAGGUGCUGAGGAAGGAAUGGUUUGAAGGCAAGGACUGUCUUGAUAUUGGCUGCAACAAUGGGAUCAUCACCAUACAGAUUGCACAGAAGUUUUGCUGUCAGAGAAUUCUCGGAGUUGACAUUGAUUCUGAUCGAGUUGAGGAUGCAUAUUGGAAUCUCAGAAAAACUGUUAGGUUGAAAUCUACAGGGAAUAAACCUGUGAAAGCCUCCAAACUUCAGGACAAGGACCAUGCUGAUGAUUCAGAGAACAGUGUUACUACUUUGUUGAAUGUUAAAACGGAGGAGAUUUCAAAGGAACAUUCUUCUUCAGAGCAAAUUGAUCUUCUUAAAAUAGUUUCGUUUAAACGAGAAAAUUUUGUUCAGACUCAACACCCACCAGGAAAGCAGUAUGAUACAAUUCUUUGUUUGAGUGUAUCAAAGUGGAUACAUCUAAAUUGGGGGGAUGAUGGCUUAAUUACUUUAUUUGCAGAGGUUUGGAAACUGCUCCGUCCAGGUGGCAUUUUUGUGCUGGAACCUCAGCCAUGGAAGUCAUAUGAAAGCAAUCGUAAUGUCUCAGAGACCACUGCUGCCAACUACCGUAAUAUUAUGAUUCGACCAGAACAGUUUCAGGAAAUAUUACUAGAUAAGAUUGGAUUUCGAACAGUUGAAGAUAUCACUUCAGGUUUGACAGAUAGCAAGACUGGUUUCAACAGGCCAAUUCUGGUUUUUUGCAAAUGAUCCGUGCAUGCAAAUAGUCAGCCAAUGUUCACGAUGAGGACUUAAUAUGCGCGAGGCAUUCUUGGUGAAUAGCAGCAGUAAAGCAAAUUCUGAAUUGAGGGGUUUGAAUGUAAAGAAUGAAAAUACAUACCAUGUCUUUUUGUUUGUUGCUAGCAGUCUCAAUUAGAUCCGCACACAAAAGAGGUAGAUGUAGUAAUGAACAUGUUUUGCUAGAGUUUACAACUUGCAGAUACCACAACUUGAGAAUUUUAUUUACAAAAAGAAAUGAAAUUUAUAGUCCAUUUGGUUUGA